AUGUCCUCGUCUCCCACCUCCAACAACAUGUCCUCCUCUUCCACUUACACCAACAACUCCUCUGGCCCCUUUUCCAACUCCUGGUCCGACAUCAUCGUGCCCGCUGAUACCGACAACGAGUAUCGGAUCAUCUAUCUGCGGUCAGAGAAUGGCUCAGGUGAGCCAGAAUAUACGCUGCUCCGCGUAGAGCCCGUCGAUCCCGACAACACGAUUCACAAUGUCCGAUACCCCGAGGAAAUGUACCGUGGUCUGCUAGAUGCCACGAAGAAGUACGUGGAAUCAUCACUGGCCCUGGGCGAGGAAUGGCAUAUCGUCGGUGAAGUCUUUGAUUCCAGACUCGUUCUGACUGGGCUGGAGAUGCCGGAUUGGGAUCGGCUUUGCAGGUCCAACACGCCAUCCAAAGCUGUGCUUUUGGAAAGAGAAGGCUGCGAGAGCUUGAACGACAACAUCUCAUCAGAGGACGUGUGCGACAGAGGCUGCAGAGAGAUCUGCAACGAGAGCUUCGAAGACUCGUUCGGCUACCCAUUGGAAAGGCAACAGGCUCGGUGCAGUGCAAGACUAAUGUCCACCAAGGUGUGGGAAGCUUGGUGGAAACAGAGGCCGGAACAGCAGCUCAAAGAGGAAGAGGAGCGAGAACAACAACUCACACAGGAACUCGAACAGGAGCCACGCAGCCGAAGUGUGUCUUUCCGAAGCGCUGUCGGUACCGGUGCCAGCUCACGAAGCCAUCACUCUCAGCACACCAAGAAAAUGCUGGCGGACCAACGAGGAGAAGGCUUGGUGCUCCGAAAGGCAAACCUCGAAGCUGGAACCGUUCGGGAAGGAUGGCUGAAGCGGUUGUUUCGAAGCGUCACGAAGAUUGGUAGCGGCCCGGAGAUGGAAAAGCGGCCUCGACUAGGUCCGAUUGUGAAAGGAAGAUGGCACGGGAAGCCCAUCAAGGCUUGA